UGCUAUCCCUUCCACCAUGUUCGCGGUUCGCGGGUCGCGGAAGCCUCGAAUCGACCAUCGAACUGCUUCGUUAGUCGAGAUUCGAUUAGUCGAAUCAGCCCUGAGUCGAAUCUCGUAGCUGUGUUAUGGUUUCCUGGACGAGUGAAAUAAAUGUUUGUUUAUAAACACAUGACACAUUUAUUUUAUUGUAGACACAUGGUGACAUGACGUAUGCCACUUUUUUCAUUAGUUUUAGUUUAAUUUCUAUAUUAUCUCAAAUUAUAUGAAGAACUUGUGAAGCGACACGAUAUUUUACGGACGUAACGCGAUAUAACCUCUUCGAGUGUUGUUGAUUCAGCAGCUUAAAUGAUAAAAUUUUAAUAUAUAUUUGAAAAGAACAUGGAAUACACUUUAGAGGAUGCACUCGCGACGUUAAAGGAGAAAAAGGCAGAACAGGAAAAAAGUAUUGAAGAUAUAAUAAAAUGGAUGUCAAACAACGAGGUUUUUGCUCUGAAACCAACCAGUUCGCUGGAAGAUGUGAGAAUAAAACAGGACAGAUUGCAUCAGAGCCUGCGAAAGGAAAUCCAACAGGUAGAACCUGAAAAUUACCCAAUUUUGAGAACAUCUGACAUGCGUAUGGAAGUGAUGGCCGAGAUGGAGACUGAGAUUUGUGACAUGCAAGAGCUCCUUAACAGUUUGCAAGGAAAACUCUCCGACAUCCAGGAAGAUAUUAUAUAUUUGAGAAAUAAGAAGGAUGGACUGGAUAAAAUGCGAGAAGCUUACCUGAGUAUCACAGAGACGUUUGCAAACAAGACAUACGAGGAAGAACAUAUUCUUUCAAAAAAGAUAUUUCGGAGAGUGAAGGAAGAUUUGAAAACCGUGGUAAAUAUUAUUUUUCCGAAUAAUGACAGCUUUAAAGACUUCUUAGCGGCCUUAACGUCCGCUUACAUGAAGGGAGGAGACGACAGUUAUGUGGAUGUUACGCCAAAUAUUUUUAAUUACAUAAAUUUUCUACUAGAAGCUGAUAUGGUACAAUACCACCGUAACGAUAAAACUAAAAUCAGAAUGACCGAAUUAUUAUAAUAUACGAUAUAAGAUACGAUUAUAAUAUACGAUUAUAAUAUAGUUAUCUAAUAUUUUACAAUCUCGUACUCAAACUUCAUGAUGUAGUGUCAGGAUAAUAUUGGGCGAAUUUUAAUUCAUCGAUUGAUCAAUCGCAUUAUGCGCAAAUGCAGCUUUUACAGAACGAAAUUGUAUUUGUGCAUAAUGCGAUUGACCAAUUGAUGAAUUAGAAAACUCGCCCUAAAUAAAAGUACCUUUUUUAAUAAAGGGUAAAAGGCGUCAAGUGUAUGUAUUCCUCGAAUAAAAAACUUUUGUACUAAAAUUCAAA